AUGAGUUCCAUAACGCCCCAGUCCUUUGUCGAUGACGGCGGGUCUUUCACCAAGCGCAUACCUCGCGGCCUUGAUCAGCGUCACAUCGCCAAGUGGAUUGCCAGCAAUGGCUCAGAUACCUCAGCCUAUACGGGCAGUUUUGUUGAUGACGGAGCAGACAUGCACCUUCCACUCGGAGCAGCCCCAGGUUUUGGACCAAUCGACACACGUUUUUACAAGCAGAGAAAGCUGAAGGGGCCCAAACAUGGUGCGGAGACAUUGUGGAACGGCGACGUGCAAAAGGCAAUCAGUGGAGACAUACAGCGGAAUCUAGAGAAGAUACGAGGCCUGGGCAGACUGGAGGUCAAGAGAACGAAUCGCGAUAGCCGUCAGGAUGGAAUAGUCGGAGAGCAAAAGCAGGCGAAGAAGGACACGGUGACAAUUCCUAUGCCACCUCAAUGGGGAACUUUCGUCAUCAAAGCAGAUAAUGGUCGCGUCAUUGUCGUGGAUAAGGAUGGCGAGUUCGAUUCUGGUCCACGAAAAACUGGCAGUGAGCAACCAAAACAUUGGGUCAAAGCAGCAUCUACUAUCGAACCAAGCUCCCCAGUUCGAGGCUCGAUUCCACCGUCUCUGCCGAAGCAUCGCACUUGCCGUAUGUCGCAUGAACGCUCGAAGGAGAGCCGAAAAGAGAAGACUGAAAGACAAAAGGAGGACAAACACAAGAAGUCUCGUCAAUCACAGCAUUCACCGCCCAUAAUACUCACACCCAUUCCAGAAUCUGAGUAUGAAGAUCGCUACCUACCUUCCGGCGGCGAAGACAUUGGGUCGCCGACGGGCUUCAUGAUGACGGGUGGUGCGAGCGGUUGGCCCUCUAGCAGAGCUACUUCUGUGACUUCUCCGGUUAUAUCAGUGAGCGAUGGAUACGAAUACAUUGUCCCGAAAGCCCCAAUCAAGGCCAUUAGUGAGGGAUUCAGGCAUGUCUCUCCGCGCUCAAGUGGACACAAGGACGUCGUUCCGGAGUUGAACUCUUGGACCAAGGAGAAGAAAACGUCGAAUGUGCGCUCGCCGCCUGGAGGAUGGCCGUCCCCUGAGCUGUCAUCGGCUAAGGAGACGAGUAAGGCAGUAUCGGAGAAAUUCUGGGAUGGAGGACAGUUUGAAAGUGCAUGGAAAGCCAGUAGCCCAAGUCAAUCACAUAAGACCGACAAGUCGCACGGUACUAGCAGGAGCGGCAAAUCACGAAAUUCGAAGAAAGAUUCGGACAAUGCUUCAGUGAAGAGUUAUACGACCUACAAAGCUCCUACCGUUGAAGAUGCAGCCAACAUCUCCGCGGAAGAGAAAGAGGAGUAUGUUGUGACUGGAUGGGGAGGCAGUGUGAAGAGCAGCAGCACUCAAGACUGGGGGCGGAACAAAAAGAACAGCGAGAAGAGCUUCAGCACACCUCACCCACAUACCUGGGCAAGCAGCAAGUCCCCUAGCGAACAAAGCUGGAGCAAGAGACUCAAAGCUGCCGAUAACCAUAACUGGACAGAUGUUGAACACUCUACGUUUCAGCAACACGCCAGCAAUCCUACGUCUGUACAUUCUGGUAGUCCUACACGGCCCUCGAGCGAUGCUACGUGGGAUGGCUUCGAGAAAAGGAAAUCAAUUAGUGAGGUUAGUGUCGUAGACAUAAGGAGUGAGCGGGGAUCUCUAGGUCACCACAGCCGAUUGUCAAGUCGACAGUCUUCCCAUCGAAGUCACCAUAGCCAGGGUACACGUGGGAGCCACAGGAGCAGCAGACACGCACAAACUACAGGCUGGGAAGAUAGUCAAACAGGUUGGGCGGGUGGUAAUCAAUCCAGCCACAAAAUUCGAGACUCGUAUCGAUCCGAUGCUACAGCGGGUUGGCCUGGUAGUCGUGUCAUCAGCGAACAGAGCUGGAGUAAUGAGAAGGCUCGUGUUGAUGACGGCAAUGGUGACGACUGGGGUGGUGGAGAUGAAGACAAGGGAAAAUAUGCGAAUGGAUUCGACGAGGAUAACGCGACAUAUUUGAAUGAUGAUUGGGGUGAUAUUCCGGUGAGAGUGGGAAGUCGUGCGGGGAGCAAGAGCUCGAGGCUGAGUAGUGCUGAGGCGGCGGCGGCGGCGGCGGCGGCGGCGGGCUGGGAGUAG